AUGGUGGUUUCAUCCGUUCUACGUGUCCAAUCGCAAAAUGUACUCCGAAAUAUCAUCCGGUCUCGGAUUGGGCAUUAUCAUCGUGGCCUUGUCACCGCCGCUACAGCGCACAGAAGUCAUGAGUCGGUACAAAAGCGGGACUUUAAAAAGGUCAUGGUGGCGAACAGAGGAGAAAUUGCCAUUCGAGUUUUUCGUGCCUUAGCUGAGUUGAAUAAAACGUCCGUGGCAAUCUUUUCUGAACAGGACAAAUAUUCGGUUCAUCGAUUAAAAGCCGAUGAAGCCUACCUUGUAGGUAAAGGUUUACCUCCAGUUGAUGCGUACUUAGCUAUUCCAAACAUCAUUGAAAUUGCUCGUGAAAAUGAAGUAGACGCUAUUCAUCCGGGAUACGGUUUCCUAUCUGAAAGAGCUGACUUUGCUAAGGCUUGUGAAGAUGCGGGUAUUGCAUUUAUCGGACCUAGAUCAGACAUUAUGGCCCGAAUGGGUGAUAAGGUUGCUGCUAGGGAAGCUGCAAUUGAAGCUGGUGUUCAAAUAGUUCCUGGCACUCCGGGACCUAUUACCAAUGCUGCCCAAGCAAUUGAAUUUGUCAAACAGUAUGGAUGUCCUGUCAUCCUUAAGGCCGCAUUUGGCGGCGGCGGCCGCGGUAUGCGUCGAGUCAAUAAAGAAGAAGACGUGCAAACUGCUUUCCAAAGGGCUUUCUCUGAGGCACAAGCUUCAUUUGGAGACGGAUCCUUAUUUGUUGAGAAAUUUGUUGAGCGCCCGAGACAUGUUGAAGUUCAGAUAUUUGGUGACAAGUACGGCAAUCAGGUACAUCUGUACGAGCGUGACUGCUCAGUUCAAAGACGACAUCAAAAACAGAUGCCUUGCGAAUUGCGAAACAUGUGGGAUAUCAAAGUGCAGGCAUGUCGAACUGUUGAAUUUCUUGUUGAUCCAAAAGGCAAUUACUACUUUAUCGAGGUAAAUGCGAGAUUACAAGUGGAACAUACUGUAUCUGAGGAAAUAACCGGGCUUGACCUUGUACAAGCUCAAAUCAAGGUCGCUGAAGGUAAAUCUUUGCAAGAUAUCAAUAUUUUACAAGAUCAAAUCAAAGUCAAUGGAUGCGCAAUUCAGUGCAGGGUGACCACUGAAGAUCCAACUCGUAACUUCCAGCCAGAUUCUGGACGAGUUGAAGUGUUUCGGAGUGGCGAAGGUAUGGGUAUCAGGUUAGACUCAGCAUCAACAUAUGCAGGAUCAGUAAUAUCACCUCAUUACGACUCUCUUCUUGUCAAAGUCAUCGCCCACGCUCAUAAUCACCCUAAUGCUGCAACUAAGAUGAUUCGAGCUCUUAAGGAAUUCAGAAUUCGGGGAACAAACAUUCCAUUCUUGCUGAAUGUCUUACAACAGCAACAGUUUUUGGACGCAUCGGUGGACACUUACUUCAUUGAUGAACACCCAGAACUUUUCCAAUUUAAACCAAGUCAGAAUCGCGCUCAAAAACUUUUGAAUUAUCUAGCCGAGGUUCAAGUAAAUGGCCCAAAAACACCUUUAGCAACCGACUUGAAACCUGCACACGUAACCGCUCAUGUUCCCGAAGUGCCACUUGAGAAACCGCCGCCACGAGGAUUUCGUGACUUUUUUGUCAAAGACGGUCCUGAGGGGUUCGCAAAGGCGAUUCGUAAAAACAAAGGAUGUCUUAUAACGGAUACAACAUUUCGUGAUGCACAUCAGAGCUUGCUAGCUACCCGGAUUCGUACACAUGAUCUCGCUAAAAUUGCUCCUUUCGUAUCAUAUUCACUGCCAAACCUAUUUUCCAUGGAAAAUUGGGGCGGUAAGUUUUUUUCAACAAAAAAUUAUUAGAG